GGAAGUGCCCGGCUUUUCCCGCCCUUCACUGGCCUCCGGGUGAAGGUCAGAGUUCAUGCCCCUUUCUGGGGAUACAUGCUCGCAGCAGUGGGAUGCGGGGGCUAGUAGGUGGCGGACGUCCUUCCAGCCCUUAAUCCGAAGGGGCAAAGGACGUACUUUGUCUAUAAACUUCCCGCCGAGAGCUAGAAGGCGGGAAGAGGCUGUGUGGGUGGCGUCAGGGGUGAAAGGUCAGAGAGUUGCAAAGGGGGCGGAGCGAGCCGUAGGUGGAUGGCGGCUGCAGCGGCUGCUGCGGCUCAGCAUCUUUCGCAACAGAGGCGCUGAAGCAGGGACGCGAGUUGGACGCGUCCGGAGGUGGGAGGAGAGCGGCGGCCGCUCCCAACAUGCACAGCCUGGCGACCGCUGCGCCUGUGCCUACUGCAUUGGCUCAGGUAGAUAGAGAAAAGAUCUACCAGUGGAUCAAUGAGCUUUCCAGUCCUGAGACAAGGGAGAAUGCUUUGCUGGAGCUAAGCAAGAAGCGAGAAUCUGUACCUGACCUUGCACCCAUGCUGUGGCAUUCAUUUGGUACUAUUGCAGCACUUUUACAGGAAAUUGUAAAUAUUUAUCCAUCUAUCAACCCACCCACCUUGACAGCACACCAGUCUAACAGAGUUUGCAAUGCUCUGGCAUUACUGCAAUGUGUGGCAUCACACCCAGAAACCAGGUCAGCAUUUCUUGCAGCACAUAUCCCACUUUUUUUGUAUCCCUUUUUGCACACCGUCAGCAAAACACGUCCCUUUGAAUAUCUUCGGCUAACCAGUCUUGGAGUAAUUGGAGCCCUCGUGAAAACAGAUGAGCAGGAAGUAAUCAACUUCUUAUUGACAACAGAAAUUAUCCCUUUGUGUUUGCGCAUUAUGGAAUCUGGAAGUGAACUUUCUAAAACAGUUGCCACAUUCAUCCUCCAAAAGAUCCUCUUAGAUGACACUGGUUUGGCUUAUAUCUGUCAGACAUAUGAGCGUUUCUCCCAUGUUGCCAUGAUCUUGGGUAAGAUGGUCCUACAGCUAUCCAAAGAGCCUUCCGCCCGUCUGCUGAAGCAUGUAGUGAGAUGUUACCUUCGACUCUCGGAUAAUCCCAGGGCACGUGAAGCGCUCAGGCAGUGCCUCCCUGACCAGCUGAAGGACACGACCUUUGCCCAGGUGCUAAAAGAUGACACCACCACGAAACGCUGGCUUGCACAACUGGUGAAAAAUCUGCAAGAGGGUCAGGUCACCGAUCCCAGGGGUAUCCCCCUGCCCCCUCAGUGAUCCUCCCCUGUCCCUCCCACAACUUCCCCAAGUUGGGGAAGGGAGGGGGAAUCUGCGAGGAAAACAGCUCAGGUUUUAUUAUCGACCGGGAAUAGGACAACCUCAAUGUUGAACUGCACUGGAGAAGAGGGGCAAGGUACCCCCGCUGAGGUGUAUGGGCUGCCAUCUCAGGCUGCCUUAACGACCUGGGCUCCCUCUGCUACUCCCAGGAGGUGGGCUUCUGACACAGCAGUCUGCCACCACAGCCCCAGGAGGGUGUCAGCACCAGCAAAUGCUGUACUUGCAGCAUGUCCAAGAUGACCCUUCUCCCCCACCUCAACCUAGUGGCUGGCAGGGAGGGGAGACAGUGGUGAUAGCACUCUAGGCAUGGUGACCACCUGGGACCAAGCCAUGUGGCAUUUUUUAUUUUGCUUUCCUGGAAGACUCAAGAUGUGUCUCUUCAUUCUCUCUCUCUCUCAGUAUUUGUUUACUUUGGUAUUUUGUUUUUAAUCUCAGAGAGAGGUGCAUUUAGUGGACACAGCUGUAAUAUUCAGCAAAACUUUGUCAAUUGGCACUGUUUACAAGUCUGUUAGCUGCAUAAGCUCAAUAAAAAGUUGGUCUGGGCAUUACAUCCUCUCUAGCAGGCCAAUAGCUGCAUGAACUGUUGGGAGGAAUGGGAGGUAGGGGAAAGAUACAAAGAAAGCCAAAGGACAGCGGGAACUCUUCCCUUCCAUUCUCCUGCACCCAGUUCUGGAUGCCACAAGGACCAUAACCUUGUUUCUGGCUUUAGCUGCUAGCUUUUCCAAAUCUCAGUGCUUUUCCCUUUUUUACUUCCCUCCUGUUAAACUUAAAACAGAUGUCUUAAUUCAUCAGACUGUCCUGGAAGGGUAUCACAUUGGGGGAUGAGAGUUGGUGGUGGACCUCCCCUUCAACUGAAUUCCUCAAAGAUAUUUUCUGGAUGACUUUUGAAAGGGAGGUGCCUGGGAUUCAGAUGAUGGGCUUCUUGAUCCCAGUCUUUGCUUUAGUGUGAGUUUCUGCAGCUCUGUCUUUCUUCAUGAUUGUACUUGAAGCAGUAUUAGAAUGAGUUAAUUUUAUUCAGAUUUAAGAUAGAGGGCUGUACUCUGUUUGCCUGAGUCUUUUUUGUUUGUUUGUUUGUUUUGACACAUUCCCUUUUGGUCUAUGAGAACUACAGGGUUGUCACAAAAAUAUUUUCCACUUCUUUAUAUUGUGUCAGAGAAUCUCCCUUCCUUCUCUGGAGCUUCAGAUGACUCUGUUCACAAUCCAGAGGAUUCAUCUGUAAUCCAGUGUAAACUGCCUUGCUUUCUGCCCAUCCUUCCCUCUGCAAACACCUGUUCUCUUUCACUCAUCCUCAUUGCCAAUCAGAGAUGGGAUUGUUACUCCAACUAGAGACAAACCAAGUAUUUUCUGUCCACAUUUCACACAGUUGAAGGUGUCCCUGAAAAAGUUUGGAGAGCUCUCUAAGGGGCAAGGUUUGAGACUUUUGCAGAGGCAGUUUUGCCAACAUAAGGGCUCUUUCAAGCCGACUUUCACAAAGGGAGCCGGCCUUGCUAGUUGGCUUCUGUCUCUUCAGAGCCAGGAAAGUAGUAAUUAAGUAUCCUAGAUAUAGGAAGGGUAGAAUAAACACUUAACUCCCCUCCCUUCCAAGAUGAAGAGGAGAACCAGGCCAGCUCUCAAUCUCAAGCCUGAAGACCUUGGAGAAAACGGAAGACAGCAUGGAUUAAAUUGACAUCUUGACUCCCUUCAGCCAGUAGUUUGUGAUCUGGAGAGUCCAGCUACAGUAACCCUGAUUUUUGCCAACCACCUUCCUGCUGAGCCAAAGUUUUCUCAUUUCCCCUCCACUGGGGAAGCAGCUGAGGCCCAGGGCUUUGCUCCCUGGGAAGUUCUCUUCUCUUUCCAUCUUGUGGUGCAUUGGCCAUGUAACUGUGCCAGUAGUGUCUUAAUUAUUGUUCCAUCUAUUCUCAGCUGGCCUUGGACCCCACAUUUUGGGGGGUUGGGGUGGAAAUGGGUAUUUUUCCUUGUAGUUGAUCCUGAUGUCGUGUGUGUAUAAAGAGAACCCUCCCCUCAUUUUUUGUUUCCAUCUGUCUCCCUCAACAGGAUUGAAAUAAACAUGUUUCUGUUUUUAUAAAACUAA